AUGCAGAAGGAUGUAUUGUCGACUCCUGCUCAUUCAGGCGCUGCGAGCCAAAGGAAUGCAGCCGUUGUGGAAGACAACACACUUGAGCAAGUUUGUGGAACAAGGCGGUUUGCAAGGUUGGCAGAGGAGAGUGCUACGGUAUUAAAGGGAGCUAAUUUGUUUUCGAGGAAGGAGUUGUUUGUUGAUGAUAUUCAAGACUUCAAAAGAGCUUAUGCUAGACGAAUAAUUGUGGAAGAGUUGGGUGCAAAGGAAAGCUCCUUGCUUAAUUGUGCUCCCAAAAAAGAUUUUGGCAGAGGACAUCCUGAUCAUAAUCUGACAUAUGCAAGGGAACUAGUGGCUCGUGUGGGGUUGAGCAAGUCAGACAACAAUCUGGACCCGCCAGAGUUUGGUGCGGCAGCAGAUGGAGAUGUUGACCACAAUAUGGAAUUCGGAAAAGGGUUCUUUGUCGCCCCAUCUGAUUUUGUUGUUAUUAUAGCUGCAUAUGUUGUUCAACCUAUAUCCUAUUUUCCCGGUGGACUUAAAGGAGUUGCACGGAGCAUGCCCACAUUAGCUGCUCUUGAUGUUCUUUGA